UUAUUCAGAAUGCUCCCUGCAGUGUCGGUACUCCGUCCAGCAGGUGGCGCUAUCAAAAAGGUUUCCACACCACCGAAGCUGUGAGAGCAGUCUAGCGUUUCAAUCCUUUUUCCUCGGUUUUUGGAUAUUUAUGGGUGUGAACAUUUGUUUGGAAAACUUGAGAACCUGCUAAGCAAAGCUCGGCUUGACAUUUCACUAUAAAAUCAUUUAAAAUAACGGCUUUACAAUGACACUUCCGUUACGCGACCGAAGAAAGGGUCGUCUGAGCAGCACUAAGUGACUUCAUAGACUGUUAAAAGACUGGCUGAAGGAUGGAUUCACUUCUCUGGGAUGCUGUUCAAAGUCUGCGUAGAGGGCGGGACCCUAAACACCAGAGUGAUGCAAAUAACAGCAUGGACAAUGCCUCAGAAAGUAAUAAUAAUACCCAGGAAACUUACUGUGAAUACUCAAGAUGCACCAAUGAUAGACCACAAAGCAUUGUUGGAGUGAAUGUGGGAUGGGAGGAACCCACUCCUGCAUCAUGUGACUUUUACAACAAGGAGUCAGAAGCCGAGGACCCAGAUGGAGCGCCACUUUUGGAGGAAGAUGAGGAUCCAGAGAUUGCAAGAAAGCGGAACGAGCUCAGAGAAAUAGAGGAGCGGAUUCAACAAAAGAGGGUUUCGAUUGCUCUGAAAAAAGUUGUGCAUGUAGUGAACAAGGCAAGUCACGGCUUUUCUUGUAAUGGUGAAUCAGAUGGAUGUGAGGGUCCAACUCUUAAAGGCAGGGUGAAUGCAAUUUUGCAGCAACGACAUUCUCACAGCUUUCUGUCAAUGGUCCACGCGCCUAAAGAGGGACCGAACUCAUCCAGCCUGCAGAGGGACCGACAUCCCUUGAAGCUCAGAGUGAAGGCAAUAAUGAAGCAGAAACAUACUGAUCCCGUUGUUCUGCCAACAUACAGAGAGGUGGCUGAUAUCCCAGUGCCUCCUCCAGGCCAAAGGAAGUAUGCAGCAGAGAAGGAGGUGACCAGCGUGGAUCUUGAUCUCCAGCGCUUCCCCGCUGUACUCCAUAAAAGAGAAAAGCUUCUUCCAGGCCUUAAGGAAUCUUCAACCGAAAAGGAGGUGACCAGCGUGGACCUGGGAUUCCAACGCUUCCUCAGUGUGCUCAACAAGGGAGAAAUGCUUCCUCCAGACCACGCAGAGUCUUCAAAAGAGAAGGAGGCAAUCAACAAUCACCUGGGAUUCCAGAACAUCCUCAAUCUGUUUGACAAGAGAAAAAUACCUCCUCGAGUACAAAGAGCAGAAAAGGUCCAGCAGUUCCCCAGUGUACUCAAUAAAAGAGAAAUGCCUCCCAAAGGCCUCGAGGAAACUUUAGGAAAAAAGGAGGCAAACAGUGUGAACCUCAGUGUCCAGCAGUUCCCCAGUGUACUCAAUAAAAGAGAAAUGCCUCCCAAAGGCCUCGAGGAAACUUCAGGAAAAAAUGAGGCAAACAGUGUGGACCUGGGAUUCCAGCGCUUCCUCAGUGUGCUCAACAAAGGAGUUGACAUGGACGUGCUCAGUAGGAUUGUCAAUGCUGAUAGCGAGGUUCUUCCGUUAGGUGAGGAGGUACUAAACAUUCAGCCCCCUCCUUUAGAGAACAGGUUAAAUCUGCCUUUUAAAAAUGACAGUCAGCGAUCCACCAGUGGAGCCUCACUGGAGAACCACAGUCCCAGCAGCAGUAGAGAGAGAAAGACCGACUCACAAGGUCAUGAGAGAUCCAGCAGUGAGUCGACCUUCCUAUCUGAUGAUAAGAAGAAGAACGACAGAGGAGAGUGUUGCUUUGCCUCGAGUAGUUGUUCCAAACGAUCCAACAGUGGAGCCUCGCUGGAGAACCACAGUCCCAUCAGCAGUGGAGAGACAAAGACCAAGCCAAUAGGUCGAGAGAGCUCAAUCAUUCAGGGGCUCUCCCAGACUGAUCACAGAAAAGACAGAGGAAACCACUGCUUUGCCUCGAGUAGUCGAUCCAAGUCUCCCCCUGUAGUGAAGAAGAAGAAAAAGGAAGAAACACCAAAGUUGAAGGAGCAUCAAGAGCAUCUCCAGAACAUUCUUAAAACUUUGGGGUUUAGUCUGGAAAUGGAGGAGAUGAGCAAACUAGCAGACCGGACUCAGGAGAGGCUGUAUGGAAAGAAGAGGGUUGAGAGCAGAGGGGAGCAGCAGAGUCAGCAGAUAGUCUCUCACAAACAUCACAGGAACUUCUCCCCUUCUUCCUCCUCCUCCUCCUCCUCCUCCUCCUCGUCUUACUCAAGGUCAACAUCUAGAAGCUCAAAUCCCAGCCCUGCACGCCGCCCGUCCUACGACAGAGACUCAAAACAAAAGAGAAGGUCUGAACGCAGCCGCUCAAGAGACAGAAGCAGAGAUAGACUGAUGAACCAAGACGGCCGUCAGGACAGUAAAAAGGGGAAGAGGCAGUGGGAUAGAGACAAAGAUAGAAAACUGUGUGAAGAAACCUCCGUAUAUGAUAAUCCACAUACACAUCAACCAAUCCCUGUUUGUCAAAAUUCCUACCCUCCUGGUUUUCCUGAAUUCCAGAAUAACAAUUUUCCUCAGUACUCCGACUGUGAUGCCUAUCCCAGCAACACUUCCCUUACUGCCACUGAGUCUUGCUGGGUGGAUCCUCAGGAUGCCUACCCUGCACCCUUUUAUACUACCAGGUAUCCUAAUCCUCAACACUCCUUCCAUCACUUCCCUGGCCCUGUAGCAGCACCUACAAAGGUCCGUCAUUGCAGACUUGACAUUAACUUACUUGUGAAUCCAGAUCUGUCGAGAAGUGAAGGACAAGUCGGGCCAGCUUCUGGCACUCGGUGCCUGCAUGUUCUCACCACUCAGCAGCCAACUUCUUCAGGCUAUUUAAAGGUACUGGCAGGAGGCCAAAUGAUGAAUAGAAAACCUAAAUUUAGGAAUCAACGUCAAAGAAGAAAAUACAGAAACAAACUAAAAUUAGCACAGAUGGCAAAGUUUGAUGUGAUGGAGAUGACGGAGGAGACGAAGAAGAGGGAGGAGAGGGAGAAGAGGGAGGAGGCCCCACAGAAAAAUGAAAAGGAUUGUUUGUCAGAAGAGGAAAAACAGGUGCCCACAGAAGAGGAAGUGAAGAAGAACCUAAGGAAAAUGCUCGAUGCAUUUAACCAGAAGCCGAAGCCAAAUGUCAUACAGCCGUACACCUCAGUGCCUUUUGAGACUGAUUAAGACUGGAAGGAGUGUCAUUACCGGUGUCUUUUAUUUGAACCUGCUGUGAGCCCAGAGAGACCAUGUGAACUUCAUGUUUUACAUUUAUCUAGUUAAGUUUACAUCUGAUCAUGUAACGGGACCACUCCUUUUUUAGUCACAUGACUGUAUUUCUACUGAAUUAUUCUCAAACUCUGUGAGUAGAUGAAAUCUCCUUUAAAAGAUUAUGUCUGUGCAGUUAAUGCCAGUUUACAUUAGUACAGGUUGUUAAUCAAACCAUUGUUAUAUUUAAGUGGAUGUCACUGCUUUGUUUUUGUUUUUUUUACUUCUACACAUUUCAUCAGCAGAACUAUGCUUUGUAGGAUCUGUCAUCAUUUAUUAAAUUAUACAUUUUUCAUCAUGAAGGGUUGAGCUUUUUGGCUUCACCUGAUAAUGGUUGUUUCCAAACCGAGUAAAGAAGUCUUUGAUUAAAAAAAAA